AUGCCUGCGGUAAUUCAUGAUAUGAAUGAAAGCGAUUCGGCUGCUGAAGAACAUGCAACUGGCAGCGUUGAACCAGAUGGAGGUCAGCACAUGAAACUGGAAGACGAAAUCACCACAAUUACCGAAGUUGGUGAUAGACGACAAGAAGAGAGAGAAGCGAAGGAGAAUCCAUGUCCUCAACCGGAGACAAUCGAAAUGACCGGGGUACAUGCUUCUGCGCCUGCUGCAACAGACACUACUACAAUAGCAGGGCCGCCGUACUGCAUACUGCCAGAAGGCGAGAAGAUCUUCAUUAUGCUCUUGGUCUCAUUCGCGGCCAUUAUCUCUCCGAUCUCCAGUAGCAUCUACUUUCCGUCUCUGAACGACCUUGCAAAAGAGUUGAAUGUCUCCAUCUCGCUCAUCAACAUAACCAUCACAACAUAUCUGAUCUUCCAAGGAAUUGCUCCCUCAUUCAUAGCAAACUUUUCAGAUAUCCACGGGCGACGACCCGCCUAUCUGAUCUGCUUCACCAUCUAUCUCGCCGCCAACAUAGGCCUCGCUCUCCAGGAUAGCUACGCGUCAUUGUUGGUCCUCCGUUGCCUGCAAAGCUCAGGCAGCAGUGGGACAAUUGCGCUGGGGAGCGCAGUUGUUGCUGAUUUAUCGACCAGAGCAGAGCGAGGCAAGUAUAUAGGAUACGCUACUAUGGGCGUAACCCUGGGACCUGCCUUGGGGCCUAUCAUUGGGGGUUUACUGGAUCAUUACCUGGGGUGGCGAGCUGUCUUUUGGUUCCUGGUCAUUUUCAGCGGUGUUUUCGGGACCAUCGUUGCUAUCGUCUUGCCUGAAACCUGCCGCGCGGUUGUGGGCAAUGGCUCUGUCCCUGCCGCCAGGUGGAAUCAGUCCGGAUGGCAGGUCCUGGGGCAGAAAUGGGGAUCCAGAAAGCAAAAGCCAGAGCCGGAUUAUCAAACCAUCCAGAAGGGCCGUCGACGCCCCAAUCCGUUCGCGUCUGCCCUGAUCGCGACCGAAAAGGAAACGCUCAUUAUUUUGGUUUAUGGCUCACUAUUGUAUUCCGGAUACAUGGCGGUCUUGAGCACAUUAACCUCUCAGCUCCAGAGCAGAUUCCACUUCAAUUCAAUCCAAGUCGGGCUGUGCUAUCUCCCAUUGGGGAUGGGCAGUCUGACCUCCCGCUGGACGGUCGGACGUAUUCUGGACUGGAACUUUCGACGAGAAGCUCGACGUCAGGGACUACCGAUCGAGAAGAACCGACAGCAAGAUAUCCAGCAUUUCAACAUCGAGCUCGCCCGUUUGGCCGUGACUAUUCCCCUGGUCUAUUGCGCCUGUCUGUGUAUCAUCGCCUAUGGCUGGGUCAUGGAGUAUAAAACCGCUCUUGCCGGCCCGGUGGUCAUGCUAUUCUUCACGGGACACCUGACCUCCGGUGCCGUCAGCUCGCUGGGUACAUUGAUUGUGGACAUCCAUCGCCAGAGUCCUGCAACCGCAGUAGCCGCAAACAACCUGUUCCGGUGUCUGCUGGGUGCGGGAGCCGUUGCGGUUGCAGAUCCAUUGAUUCAGCGCAUAGGGAUCGGUUGGACGGCCACUCUUAUUGCGUUUCUGUGGGUUGCUUUUAGCCCGUGUGUGUGGGCUGUAUUCAUAUGGGGUCAUCAGUGGAGAGAGGAACUGCGAAUGAGCAAUGAAAAAAAGGUGGGCAGCCUACCAGAAGCGACAUCUAAAGGUAUGGGGGAAGAUCCAACGGCCAAGAAGGGCGUUUGA